AUGUCUACAUUUUCACUAAUUCCUCAGAAACGGGACUUUGGCUCAUUCGAGAGGUUGGAGAGCCUAAUCGAGGACGAAGAAGCCGAUACGAAGACGCUGGUGUUCCCAGAUACUAAGAGAAACCGUGUCUCCGGGUUCGGUGACUCCUCUUCACUCACUCUACCAGCAUCAUUGUCGAGCAAUGCAAACAUCACGCCCCAGCCCCUGUCCGCGAAUGCUGCGGAAAUCGAUUCUCUCGAAGCCUCCAUUCAAGGCUAUGACAACUGGAUUGAAGAGAAUAAUCAGUCCAUUGAGGUUUUGAAGGCGCAGGGGCUCCUCCUUGGUGGUCUUCCCAAGAGGCAUGAAAGUCAGAUUGAGAGGCUGCGUGGUGUCAAUGAUUAUUACACUGGGUUAAGAGGCGCAGACCAGGCUCGGCUCUCAGAACUCCUCGCUCAUAUGGCUGCCCCUGUACCUGCCUUGGCUCCGCCGGAGUCUUGGUCAUCGGCUCCUGUCCCGUCGCGUUUCCUGAAACCUUCUCCCCCUGCACCAGCUUCACAGUUCCAGAUACCCACACCCCUUCUGACCACCCCAGUGCCCCUUUGGACGUCUUCUCCUGGUCAAUGGACAAAUUUUGACCCCCACGCUCCUGCCCUCGUCACAACCCCACAGUCGCUCCCAGUGCCUAUCGGCGAAGGCGAUGCACCUCAAUACAUGAACGAUAUGGGGAUUGCAGAGCCAGGCGCUCCCCAAGAUGAUACCUGGCCUUCAAUUGAUAUCCUCAGUCAAAUCAUGGUCCAGUUAAGCCAAGUCGGCAGCGCGAGUGACGUUGUAGAUUCGGGUAACGACGUUCCUACCAGAUCUGGCGCAGGAUUGAGUUCCCGGUAUCUUAGCGUUCAAGAAUUCAUCGAAUCUGCGUCAGAUGGCUUUGAUGAAAACGUCAAGAUCGAAGAUGCAUUGAAAAACCUUGGGCUUUCUAGUAUCAAAGAUCGUCUGGACGGAAUGUCCAUCCUCCUUUUACCCCACCAGAUACUAGGUGUUGCAUGGAUGUUGGAUCGGGAGAGGUCAAGCAAUCGCGGAGGAAUUUUGGCAGAUGAAAUGGAUGGCCCAAUUGAUGAACGACAGGCCUGGGAAAGACGUGAGUUUGAACUUCAUCCAAACAAUCGAUCCGAGGAUCCUGCAUGCAAAACCACACUCAUAGGCAUGCAUGCAGUUUAUACGUCAAUUUAUGUCUCACCAAGUCCUGUUUCAGUGGCACCUGUUGGGCUACUCGCUCAAUGGAAGUCUGAGAUCGAAAUGGCCACAAACAACUGCUUUAAAAUUUUCAUAUACCACGGCCAGGAUCGCCUGAAAGACGAGAAGUCUAUUCAACUCUAUGAUAUUGUCAUCACAUCCUACCACACAUUAUCCAAACAAGUCCCAAUGUGCUACAACCGUCUUCAAAAAUCAAAAGCCAAGAAAUUGAAGGGCGACGAAACUAUGAAUGAUGACGCUGGCAGUGAUAACGACGCAGAGGAGGCAAAGAAGUGGUCAAAGGGUUUACUCGCUCAAUUUGAUUGGUAUAGGAUCGUCCUGGAUGAGGCCCAUAUCAUACGCAAUCGCAAGACGCAUGUGUCUUCAGCCGUUGCUGAAUUAGUGGCGAAGUAUCGUUGGUGUCUGACGGGCACGCCCAUCGUGAAUGGCCUAAAUGAUGCGUAUCCACUCUUCAGAUUUCUCAAUAUCCGUCCAUGGCAGGAUUGGGUCACAUUCAAGGAUCACAUAUCCGAUGGAGAGGGUAAGAAGGCCAUUAUAUGCGCUACAAAAUUGCAGGCAAUCUUCAAGAGCACCAUGCUGCGUCGAAAGAAGGAUUCUCUUCUGGAUGGGAAGCCUCUCGUGAAUUUGCCUUCCCGCCAUAUGUUCAAUAUUGAACUUUAUUUCUCUCCUGAGGAAGCGGAUAUUUAUAAGUUCGUGGCAGCGCGGUCGAACAUGGUUUUCAACAAGUAUCUUCGCGAAGGCACCGUUCUCAAGAACUACGCCCAUGUCCUGAUUAUGCUUCUCCGGCUUCGUCAGAUUUGUGUCCACCCUUGCCUUAUCGAACAGUAUGCAGACGCAUUCCGCACUCCUGAGGAAAUGCCCAAAGAUUUGAGAAACGAGCUUCAGCGAGCGAGCAGGGAGCAGGGGGUCGAUUUUGUAGAAAGAAUCACCCAGAUGAUAGCAAGAGAAGCUGAAGCACGCCUGCUCGCACUGCGAACGACCAGUGACCAUCAGGAAAGCGAGGAUGUCCCCAUUGCUGAAGAGUCUUGCCCUGUGUGUUAUGAGCCUCUGGGCCAGGAUGCACUGGUAACUCAGUGUGGACAUUCGUUUUGUGGCGAGUGCCUCGACAGCGUCGCGGAACUUCCAUUACGGGAUGACAAAUGCAAACCGGAUGAGCGCCCAUGCCCUCUUUGCAAGAAACCGAUCUCUAAGAAGUAUUCUUAUAUGAGGUCGGCAUUCGAGCCUCGGGGGAUAUGGGCGGGGAUGAGUCGGCCGGUGGAUUCGGCUCUCCAGCCCUCGAGUUUAUCCGAACGAGAGGCAGAUGGAGGGGAGCAGGGUUGUAGUCCUACCCCAGACACCCUUGAGGACGAACGGGGAGUCGGGAGCAGGUCCACGGGGAGUGAUAUAGCUAAUGGACCUGCCCCUCCUGCGCUGUCCAAAUUCCUUCCGUCUACCAAAAUGCAGGAAAUGAUGAAGUUGUUAUUGGAGUGGCGUAAUCAAGACUCCAGCGAUAAGAAUGGAACAUCACCUCCCCAAAGUGACUUGAAUCAUGAUCCGGACAAGGUGGUUAUCGUGUCGCAAUGGACCUCUGUGCUCGACCUAUGUGCUUCGUACCUGGAGGAGAAUGGAUUCAAGCAUGUUAUGUAUUCGGGGAGACUAUCUCCUCGCCAAAGGAACGACUCCAUCGAUACUUUUAUGACUGACCCCAAGGUCACUGUUAUGCUCAUGUCCUUGAAGGCUGGCGGAGUGGGAUUGAACCUCACUCGAGCUAAUCGUGUCAUCAGUUUAGAUCUGGCAUGGAAUUUCGCGAGCGAAAAUCAAGCCUUUGAUCGGGUACACCGCCUUGGGCAGCAGAAAAAAGUUUUGAUCCAUCGCCUUACAAUUCGAAACACAGUCGAGGCCCGAGUACUAGAGUUGCAGCGACGGAAGCAAGAACUGGCAGAGGGGAGCUUGGGAGAAGGCAGCGGCAAGAAAAUCAACCGCUUUAACGUUCGCGAACUGCGCACUAUGUUUGGUUUGACCGGUUCUCGCGAUGGCGCUGAACUCUAG